ACUUAUUUUAGGACAACAUUUCCAAGGUCAUUGUUUGAACAGCAAAUCGCACACCUCCUAACCUCCUAACCUGAAAUCUCGCAUGUCUCCCGACCUAAACCUGCUAAGAUGCUGCUCCUUGGGAAUCUCCUUUAUGUCUCGAUCCUUCUCGUGAACGCAAUCGCGAUCUUAUCCGAAGACCGUUUCCUUGCACGAAUAAACCUUUCGUCUGCCUCCUACGAUCCUGCGUUCGGCGCCGGCCCUGAUUCCCAAAGCGUAAAGGCGAAGGUUAUCAACCUGAUUGCUAGCGUACGAACACUGAUGAGGAUUCCACUAAUAGCGAUUAAUACAUUAAUAAUAAUCUACGAGCUGGUCCUAGGCUAAGAGGAGAACAAAACAUCACGAAACACGAUGAGAAUAUAAGGGCGCAUUCGACUUGACAUAGGCGUUUAGGUACAUGUACACUUCGGUUUGGCAGGACAUGGUCAAUAAAAGAUCGGGAAGGCACAAAGUCCUGUUACGUAUAGGAGUCAAAUCAUACAUAAUGACACCACAUACUAUAUCGAUGAUAUCGCAUUAGGAUUUGGACCAAGCCGAUGGCUUUUGUAACUAUCGAGUCUUUUUUCUGAUUCCUCUGCUAUCAGACGAGGGCCUGUGCUCCUACG